CUUGUGGGUUAGGUGUUCUUUAGCUUUGCUUUGCUUUGCUUUACUUCUUCGGCUCGAUUGGAUAGAAUCAAAACGGUGGCUUGAUUUUGCUUCCAGAUUCUUCUUCUUCUUAAACCUAAAUCUCUCCGUUAAAAGUUUCUUCAUUCGUUUUCUUUGAGACCCUUAUUGGUUUAGUCUCCGAUCGAGAUAAAUCAUCGAUCUUUCUGCUUUAUGUGUGCUGUUAGUGAGAAAUUGAUGCAUAUGAUAGCCACAGUUUCCUGCUGAUUUUGGGUGCUUUUUAGAUGGAGCCUCGUAUUGGUUAUAAAUUUCGAUUGGGAAAGAAGAUCGGGAGUGGUUCAUUUGGAGAGAUCCACAUAGGUUCUAAUAUCCAGACAAAUGAGAAAGUUGCAAUUAAGCUUGAGAAUGUGAAGACCAAGCAUCCUCAACUGCUUUAUGAAUCGAAGCUGUAUAAAAUACUACAAGGAGGAACUGGAAUUCCAAAUCUAAAAUGGUUUGGAGUUGAAGGGGACUAUAAUGUUCUUGUCAUGGAUUUGCUUGGGCCUAGUCUUGAAGAUUUGUUCAACUUUUGCAGCCGGAAAAUGUCACUGAAGACUGUCCUUAUGCUUGCAGAUCAAAUGUUGAAUCGUGUUGAGUUUGUUCAUUCAAAAACAUUCCUUCAUCGAGAUAUUAAGCCGGACAAUUUUCUUAUGGGCUUAGGACGACGUGCAAAUCAGGUUUAUUCUAUAGACUUUGGUUUGGCUAAGAAAUACAAAGACUCUUAUACACAGCAGCACAUUCCUUACAGGGAAAACAAGAAUUUGACUGGCACAGCAAGAUAUGCUAGUGUUAAUACCCACCGUGGAAUCGAACAAAGUAGAAGGGAUGAUCUCGAAUCUCUUGGAUUUGUUUUUAUGUAUUUCUUAAAAGGAAGCCUCCCUUGGCAAGGGCUAAAAGCGGGAAACAAGAAGCAGAAGUACGAUAAGAUUAGUGAAAAGAAAGCAUCUACGACAAUUGAGGCAUUGUGUCGAGGCUAUCCAACAGAAUUUGCAUCAUAUUUCCACUAUUGUCGUUCUCUGAGGUUUGAUGAUAAACCUGACUAUGCUUAUCUAAAGAGAAUCUUUCGAGACCUUUUUAUCCGUGAAGGCUUUCAGUUUGAUUAUGUGUUUGAUUGGACCAUUUUGAAGUAUCAACAGUCACAGCUUGCUACACCACCUUCUCGUGCUCUCGCUGCUGGUACAAGCUCAGGAGUGCCUCAUGCAAUUGCUAAUAUGGAUAGGCAAUCUGGUGGUGAAGAUGGUAAGGGGGGAGCUGGAUGGUCCUCUGCAAAUCCAUCGAAUGUUCGAAACACCAGUGGAAUUCUUGUAAAUUCUGGAAGCUUAUCUAAACAGAAAGGUCAAGUUGCUAACGAAUCAAGCUCAACCAAAGAUCCAGCGUUAUCGAGUGUCAAUGCUAUGGUGUCAAGUGGGUUUUCCAGGCGGCCAGCUGUGUCCAGCAGUCAUGAUACAGGAAUCCUUCCUGGAAUUGACUUUGACUCUAAUCUGAGGAAAAUCUCAACAAGUAUAGCACAAAGAAAUUCGCCGGUUGUGUCUUCAGACAACAAGCCUGGAUCUUACAGCAGAAACGAAGUCAGCAUAAAGAAUCUUGACACGUCUCUCAAGGGGAUUGAAAGCCUGCACUUCAACAAGGAUGAGAGACUGCAUUAUUAAACAGUAGUCUUCAACUGAUGGUACACAUUUUAUCUUCCAUGAGAAUUGAGGCCAAGUCUAAACUCUUAUCAUGUUCUAUUGUGCCCUGCGAAUCAAAUGGAAAGAGGGAGUAUUGUUUUACAGAGUUUGACAGCCUACAAAAUCUUGGAAGUUCUGGUGGUGUCACAAAUUCUUUUCUUUUUUUAUCGGUUUCCCUUUAUUGAUCGCUGUUUAAUUUGUGUUGUGAUUCAAUUACAUGCUGUGGAUUACAACUAAAUUUCCCAACGACAUUCUAGGUGUUGUGAAUUAAAGUUGUGAUUUCGAUUAUGAGAUUUCUGGAUGGUUCACUGGUGUUAUUCUGUAGUCAGUGUUCUUGAAUACAUUUGAAACUUUAUG